GCCGCUCCAAAGCACCAGUCCUGUAUAACUGUAUCUUGCUCCUCCCAAAUGUUUGUACAAGCACACAGUCCAUCAAUGCCUUCCUUUCCCUCGCAAAUCGCAAUCUCAUUUCCAACUGCAAUGGCACUGUCUCAGUCAUCAUUAAGUUCAGUCCCAGUCUGAACCCUAACCCUCACGCACGACUCUUCUUGAAUUUCGAGAGGUUUAGAGUUUAGUUAUACUUCAACCCACAAUCUGUAUGCAUUUUUAUACCGGAAGAUGAAGCUUUCCCUUCGGCCGCGCCGGCCCUUAUUGAAUUUGGGACCCGAAAGGAAGUUCAUUUCAAUUGUACGCUCCAACUGUACCUUCAAGAAUGCAGAGCGUAACCACAUUGACGAUGACGAAACUUUCAUAGGAACCCUAAACGGCAUUGUUAGGGGAAGGCAGAGUUGGAAUAUUGCCCUCAAUGAUCCCUUCUUUUCGACCCGACUCAAACCCCGUCACAUCGAGCGGGUGCUUCUUCAUACCCUAGACGACUCCAGGUUAGCUCUGCGCUUCUUCAAUUUUCUGGGGCUUCAUAAGAACUUUCAUCAUUCCACUGCGUCGUUUUGCAUUCUGGUUCAUGCCUUAGUACAGUCCAAUCAUUUCUGGCCUGCUUGUUCGCUCUUGCAGACCCUUCUUCAAAGAGGAUUGAAUCCCAGAUUAGUUUUUGAGGAAUUAUUGAAUUCGUAUAAACGAUUUAAUUUUGUUUCGAGUUUGGGUUUCGAUUUGCUGAUUCAGAGCUAUGUUCAGAAUAGGAAAGUAUUGGAUGCUGUGUUGAUUCUGAGGCUUAUGGGAGAAUGUAGACUAAUGGCUGAGUUUAGGACUUUAGGUGCUGUUUUUGGUGGACUGAUUCGAAUAAGGCGAUACAAUAUAGCUCUCAGUUUGUUUGAUGAGGUAGUGGGUUGGGGUGUCCAGCCUGACUGUUACAUGUCCACAGCUGUGGUUAAGAGUUGGUGUGAGCUGAAGGACUUUGACAAAGCUGAGGAAAUGGUGAAGUGGGUUGAAAGGAGUGGCUGUGAAUUGAAUGUCAACAUGUAUAAUGUAUUGAUUCAUGGGCUUUGCAAGGGUGGGAGAGUACAGGAGGCUGUUGAGGUGAAAAAUUUGUUGGGUUGCAAGGGGUUGAAUGCUGAUGUUGUCACAUACCAAACUCUGGUUUUGGGGCUCUGUAGAGUGGAUCAAUUUGGUGUUGCUCGAAAAUUGAUGGAUGAGAUGUUGGAUUUGGGCUUUAUUCCAAGCAAUGGUGUUCUGUCUACUGUGGUUGAUGGGCUAAGGAGAUUUGGGGAUAUUAUGGCUGCAUUUUCCUUGGUUGAUCAGGUGAUGAAGGUUGGGGCAGUGCCAAGUUUAAUUGUUUAUACUAAUUUAAUGAACUCGUUGUCUAAAGAUGGGAAGUUGGAGGAGGCAGUGUUUCUUUGGGAGAGAAUGAGAGUGAAUGGGCUGUUACCAAAUGGUAUAACUUACUCCGUUAUCAUUGACACUUUGUGCAAAAGUGGGAAAUUGAACGCAGCAGUUGAUGUCUUCAAUGAUAUGCUUGGUUCUGGGGCGGAACCAUCUGUCUAUCCCUAUAACUCGUUGAUCAACGGUUAUUGCAAGGCAGGAAAACCUAAUGCAGGACACUUUGUGCUCAACAAGAUGUUUGAUAAAGGAAUGACUCCAACUGUUGUGACAUAUACAUCAUUGAUAGAUGGAUACUGCAAAGAAGGGGAAGUUCACAUGGCAUUUAGACUUUAUCAUGAGAUGACAGGCAAAGGAAUUUCACCAAAUACGUACACCUUCACUGCACUUAUCUCCGGUCUUUGCCAUGCAAACUUGCUGGAUGAUGCAAGGGAACUGUUUGAUGAGAUGGUGAGAGUAAAUGUCACUCCAAAUGAAGUUACCUAUAAUGUCAUGAUUGAAGGAUACUGUAAAGGGGGAAACACGACUAAGGCCUUUGAAUUGUUCAAUGAGAUGGUGGAGAGGGGUCUUGUCCCUGAUACAUACACCUAUAGGUCUCUGAUAGCUGGUCUUUGCUCUGUAGGUAGAACAUCUGAGGCGGAAAAGUUUGUGGAUGACCUUCAAAAAGAAAAUCAUAAACUAAAUGAGAUGUGCUUCUCUGCCCUUCUUUAUGGUCUUUGCAAGGAGGGAAGACUAAAAGAUGCAUUAAGUGCUAGUAAUGAGAUGGCAGGAAGAGGAAUGAACUUGGACCUCGUAUGUUAUGGUAUACUUAUUUAUGGAGCUCUAAAACAUGAUAAGAAACAGGUAAUAAAUAUAUUGAAGAAGAUGCAUGACCAUGGUCUGAGGCCUGACAAUGUAAUAUAUACCAGUAUGGUCGAUGCAUAUGGGAAAGAUGGUGAUCUUAAAAUGGCAUUAGGCUGUUGGGAUAUAAUGAUGGGUGAAGGGAGCAUUCCUAAUGUUCUGACAUACACAGUGAUGAUAAAUAGUUUGUGUAAGGCUGGGUUAGCUGAUAGAGCAGAGAUCUUGUGCAAAGAGUUGCUAGCUACUGGUUUGAUGCCAAACCAGUUUACUUAUGCUUGCUUCCUUGACCACCUAACAAGAGAAGGAUACAUGGAGAAGGCUAUGCAGCUGCAUAAUGCAAUGCUUAAAGGCUUUCUUGCAAAUGCUGUCACUUAUAAUAUACUUAUUCGCGGCUUCUGUAAAUUGGGUGAAAUUCAUAAAGCUACUGACACAUUAGUUGAAAUGAGAGAUAACGGCAUCUCCCCAGAUUGUAUUAGUUUCUCGACAGUUAUUUAUGAAUUUUGUAGGAGAGGUGAUUUGCCUGGAGCAAUGAGGAUUUGGGAUUCCAUGAUCAGCAGUGGUUUGAAGCCUGAUACGGUGGCUUAUAAUCUUUUGAUAUAUGGUUGUUGCAUUGCUGGAGAACUGGACAAAGCUUUUGAAUUGCGUAAUGACAUGGUGAGAAGAGGUCUAAAUCCCAACAAGAGAACACAGACUUUACUAGUCCAUUGAACUUUUCUAAUGAGUUAUAAGUCAGGUCCAACAGUGUGCUUCAUAGAUAAUCACUCCUUGGAGUUUGAAAUGAUCUUCAGUGAAGAGUUUAGAUCUGCAGCUGCACACCAUUGGUUCAAUGCCUUUUCUUUUUUCUCAAAGGACUGUGAACCAAGAUUUAAGCAUCAUCAAAUGGUAGAUAGUGGACGUUCUUUUCUCUCUAUUGCUCAUUCAAUCUUACUGUGUAAUAUAGAAAUCUCUCAGUAUACUAUAAAAGUAUAGAGGGCUAAGGUGGCAAUGUGUUUGGCUUUCUUGGGAAUUAGAAAACAUUUUUAAAAUCAUUGUUUGUAUCGCAAAUUUCAGAACUGUCCCCCACAGCAAUUCAGUAGCUUAUUCCUUCAUCAGUUUAGCAG